AUGACACUAUCUCUCAAUCUUGUUCAUCAUUUCAGUCACCUUACACUAGCGAUCCUGUUAUUGUCACUCUGCCUCCUAAUCGCCGAUGGCCAAGUCGUGUCUCUGGGCAAGUGCCCGUAUAUGCCCGUGGUAGCAGACUUCAAUCCAAGUGCCUUCCUUGGUCUGUGGUAUGAGCAGAGAAAAUAUCCUAACCUGUUUCAAAUCGGAGGAAAAUGUAACACAGCUGAGUACAGCAUGAAACACGACGGAACAUUAUCCAUCAUAAAUCGACACGAGAACAAGCUCACUGGAAUUGAAACCGGAGAGCACGGAUAUGGUAGAAUGCUGUUUCCUGGAAAGCUAAAAGUUAGAUUCCCACAACCAUGGAAAAGUGACGCCCCUUACUUCAUCAUCGGAACCGACUACAGCAAUUAUGCUGUGGUAGUUACCUGCAGUGAGUACGGUCUCGUAAACGGAAAAAUUGCAUGGAUCCUAACCAGGCAUCGCUACCCGAGUCAGAAAGUUAUGCAUAAGGCCUAUACAGAAAUGGAACAUGCAAACCUAUCGGUAGCGUUCCUGAAGAAAACCGACCAGAAUCAUUGCCAUCCCGUGGGGCAACCGUUGGACAAUUUUAUCAAAAAAAACGUAGAGGGAUAA